AUGCAACCCCCACCGAGAAAGGUCCGGGUCACCCAGGAACUGAAGCACACUCACGGCGAGCAGCUGAACAGACUGCACGUCAAACACCAGGCCGAGUGUGACCUCCUGGAGGACCUGAGGACAUUUAGCCAAAAGAGGGCAUCUGUAGAGCGAGACUAUGCCCAGGCUUUGCAGAAGUUGGCCAAUCAGUACCUAAAAAGAGAGUGGCCUGACAGCCUGUCGGAUGAAGCCGAUCACAGGAACAUGUAUUGCGUAUGGAGGGCUUAUCUGGAGGGUACCGUCCAGGUCACCCAGUCCAGAAUCAACGCCUGCGACAACUACAAAGCGCAGGUGGCCGAGCCGGCUAAAACGGCCCGACUGCAGAAGGAGCAACAGCUGCGCAAGUGUAUCGAACGGCUGACCAGCAUCCAGGCCGAGCUGCAGGAGUCCGUCAAAGACCUGACCAAGAGCAGGAAGAAGUACCAGGAGGCGGAGACCAUGGCGCAGGCUGUUCGGGAGAGGGCAGAGUUGGAAGCCAAAUCCAAGCUGAGUCUCUUCCAGUCCAAAUCUAGUCUGCAGAGGGCAACUGUCAAGCUCAAAGCGAAGCGGAGCGAAUGCAUCUCCAAAGCCACCCACUGCAGAAAUGACUACCUGCUCACGCUGGCGGCCGCCAAUGCCCACCAGCAGCGCUACUACGACACUGAUCUCAGCAUAUGCCUCAAGGCACUUGACGGUAGGACUUACGAGCAGGUGAAAGAUUACCUUGUGUCGCUAUGUCAGACGGAGCUGGAGAGCUACCAGGCCGUUCAUGACGUUUUCAACAAGCUUUUGGACAGCUCAAACGGGGUAGUGCAGGAAUUCCAUCAGCAGAUGUUUGUUCAGAAGAAUCCAAUUUUCCAGAGGGCAGCAGACUUCUCAUUCCAGCCUAUCGACACGGAUACGGUGACACAUCUGCUAAGAGAGAGUGGCACAGCAGAGGAGCACAGCCUGGAUAAGGAGGCCCGCAAGUGGGCCAGCCGCGUGGCUCGAGAGUACAAGAGUAUCAUCCACACACAACGGGUCCUGGAGGAAUUUGGGGCUCAGGAGAGCUCGGAGCAGAACGGCGGAGAGCUGGAGGCCAAGAUGGAGGUGGCGAGGGAGAAUCUGCGAAGGGCGGAGACGGUCAAGGCAAAGGCUGAGGCCCGCCUGGACCUGCUGAGAGAGGCGGGCGUCAGCGUUGAAACGUGGCUGAAGAGCGCCAUGAACCAGGUGAUGGAGGAGCUGGAGAACGAGCGCUGGAACAACCUCAGUGGACACGAUUCAUCGCUUUCCGGAACUGCCGACCUGGAGCGCGAGGAGGAUGAGGAGAUGGAGGACAGUGGCGAGGUAUUGGAUGACAGCAGCUCGAGCCCAUCCAGCACGUUGAAGAACUACCCACUCACCUGCAAAGUUCUUUACUCCUACAAGGCCUCUCAACCGGAUGAGCUGACCAUCGAGGAGCAGGAAAUCUUGGAGGUCAUCGAUGAUGGCGACAUGGAGGACUGGGUGAAGGCCAAAAACCGCAGCGGCCAAGUUGGCUACGUCCCUGAGAAGUACCUGCAGUUGCCGUCCUCCAAUAGCCUGCUGAGCAUGCUGCAAUCUCUGGCAGCAUUGGAUGCACGCUCACACUCCUCUAGCAACUCCACCGAACCUGAAACAGAGCUCCCCACUGGCUCGGUCAACGGAGACGCCAGCGUGUCGUUCGCCAAAGCCCUGUACGACUACGCCGGCCAGACAGAUGACGAGCUCUCCUUCCCCGAGGGCGCCAUCAUCCGCAUUCUGAGCCGGGAGACUCACGAGGACGACGGCUUCUGGGAGGGCGAGUUCAACGGUGUGGUCGGCGUCUUCCCCGCCGUCCUGGUGGAGGACCUGGCCGGCGGCGCGGGCGAGAACGGCACGCCGGCCCAGUACGAACGCUCUCCUCGCAGCCCUUUCCAUUCGGGGCCGCUCCACAGCAGCCCACUGCAGACGCCCACUGCGUCGUCUUCGCCCCACUCGAGCCCAUGCAGCGCUACCGCUUCGCCGGUCGGACGGCCCCCAGCCUACCACAAUGGGCACCACCGGCCGCCGCCGGGCACACCGCACAAGAGCCCCUUUCACAGUCCGGGGCAAGGCUCACCACAACCUCCCAAAUACCCAGACAGCGGAUCAGGCACCAUCCGACCUGUCCGAGCUGCUCCGCCGCCGCCCAAGCAGCACCCCCGAGGGCAGGUGAAACGGCGAGAGGAGGUGGAAAUCACGCUGGUGUGA